CGUAAAUACCCAGAGUCUCUUCGUCUGUGAUUCGUAGAGCCCGGCAGCUUCACUGGUACCCUACUUGUCGUAGACAUUCCGGUACUAGUCUCUUGCAUUGAUUGAGACCCAAGUGAACCAUUUAACUCCUCAAUCUUGUUGCUACGACCGUUUUUCAUGUCUUCUUAUACUACCCCAUGGAAAAUGCCCAAACCCGUCGCAAACGAGAACUUUCUCCCGCCCGUGGGGUCUCUUGCCAUCAACAACCUCUUCUCUGUCCGGAGCAAAAAUGUCGUAAUCACCGGGGGCGGAUCCGGUAUCGGCGCUAUGAUCGCGGCAGGCUUUGUGGAAAACGGGGCAAACGUGCUAAUUGGCAGCCGGAAGGACACCAGUGAGUACGCGGCAGCGCUCACCGCGCACUACGGUCGUAGAACAAGGAAACCCCCAGCGACGAAAGCCAGUCACCAUGCUACCGGCUCGGCCGCGAAGUUGCAAGUGAAAGACGAGGAUUCCUUUAGCCAAGCGGCAGCACAGGAAAAUGUAACUGUUUCCGGCAAGUGUUAUUCCCUGUCUGAUAUAGACAUCUCGAAGCCGGAAAGCAGGCAAAGAAUCCGCGCUUGGUGCGAGGAACAUUUCAACAACCGGGUGGAUUGUUUGGUCAACAAUGCGGGCACGAAUUACAACGCAGAGUUGGAGAAGCAAGAUGCGAAAAUGUUCUCAAAGGUCAUGGAGUUGAACGUCACAGCGCAGUUCUUCUUGAUCCAGGAGUUGCUUCCUUUGCUGAAAAAUUGUGCUUUUGACAGAGUUCUACAGAGGAACAACUUGUCUUCUGCAGCUUGGAUUGAUAGAGGAAAUAAAACUCAGUGCGACAGCACAUUAGUUUUGCCGCGGGAGCUACUGCUUCGCGAUGAGUCGACUACUACAAUGAAACCGGUGGACUCAUCUUCUUCAGCUUCUGCUUCUAUCAUCAACAUCACGUCGGUCAACGGACUGCGGAUCCCGGGCAUGGAGACCUACAGCUACCAGGCGAGUAAGGCCGCUCUGAACCACUUAACCGCCAGUUUGGCGUCGAAAUUGGCGGUCUACAAGAUCCGGGUCAACAACGUCGCGCCGGGCGCGUUCCCGAGCAGAAUGAUGCGCGGGACUAUUGAUUUUGUCGGAGAGGAAAAGUUGGCGAAGCGGAUGAACAUUCUCGGCGAUUUCGGAAAACCGCGACUCGGAAAACACGCGGAUAUUUGCGGCGCGUGCUUGUAUUUGGCAUCGGAAGCGGGAGCGUGGUUGACCGGAACGACGGUGGUGGUGGAUGGAGGGAGUUUGGUGAAGACGGGGAUGAGUGCUGGGGAGGCGGGCGGGAGUGGGGAGAAGAUGAAAUCAAAAAUGUGAAAGCAAGCAUUGCUGCCGUGUGAGAGGAAAGAACAACUUCCAAACGGUUCGACAUGACCAUCAUCAACAAACAAAUAAAAGCAUUGCUGCCGUGCAGUUUACAGCUUUCAAGACAUAUUUUUUUCCUUUUUAUAGAGUCCGCUGGGCCUUUUGUG